CUCUCUCUCUAGAGGUCUGAGAAGAAGCGCGGGAAGUCACCAUCGGAAGACUUGACAAUGGAAGUCUUCUUCCUCGAAGUAUUUCCAUCUUUCCAUCUGAAAUGCAGUUCCAAAAGAUGGACGCUCGUCGAAUUCCAUUCGCUCUGCUAUUUCUCUGCUUCACCUCAAUCGCUGCCGGCAGCAGCAGCAGCAGUCCACCCGAGGGGAUUUCAAUCAACUGCGGCUCAGCCGGAAAUACUACAGCGGGAAAUGGCAAGGAAUGGUUGGGAGACGCACGGAUGAAAUCGCCGUCGCUUUUGAGAAUUGAAGGUUCAUCAACCACUUCAACCGUUGUUCGUAAGAAGCUGAUUUCCGGUGAUGAUUCUGUUCCCUACCGAACAGCGAGGAUCUCUCGUUCUCUAUUCUCCUACGCAAUUCGAGUGAGUUCAGGUCAGAAAACACUUCGCCUUCAUUUUAAUCCGGCUCCGUACAAGGGUUUCAUAGGGUUUAAGGACCUGUUCACUGUUGAAGUCGGUAAAUUCACUCUGCUUGGUAACUACAGCGCUUCGCUCACUGCUCAAGCUCUUGGUGUAAAUUCUGUUGUGAAGGAAUUCAGUUUAUACUUGCAUGAUCAUCAACAAUUGAAUAUAGUCUUCACUCCUGCAAGGGAUUCUGAAUUGCAAAAUUCAUAUGCCUUCAUAAAUGGAAUUGAGAUUUUUUCUGUGCUCCCAAGUCUUUCUUAUCUCAGUUAUGAAGAUUCUGGAGUUCCAGUGGUUGGUCAGAAGAACAAAGUCUAUGUUGAUUACAACACUGCACUUGAAUUAAUCCACAGAUUACUCGUCAGACAGAUUAGUGUAUCCGUUGGAGAUUUUGAUCAUAUGUAUCCAAGGUGGAUAACUGAAAAGGCCAGAGAGGUGAGAAAUAAUAUCUGGAGAGUACCUGUGGAUGUAGGAUUUCAAUACUUGAUUAGGCUCCAUUUCUCUCAGAUGGGAUACAAACUUAUUGGGUCUGAUCCCUUGAUGUUUGAGGUCCUCAUUAAUGAAGUCAUUGCUCAUACUAAUGUUGAUACUGCAAACCGAGGGAGUGGACAUGAUGUUCGUUGGUAUGUGGAUUAUGCGGCGGAGAUGAGAGGGCACAAAAAUGAGAUUAGACGUGAUCUAGUGAUUUGUCUGCGUUUGUGUGAUAAACUUAUAGAUGGGAAUGGACUUCUUGCUGGAUUUGAGGUGUUUAAGUUGAGUAACCUUCAUAAUAGUCUUGCCAGUCCAAAUCCCUUGCCUCGAGAUCUAAGUGAACCACUCCAAACAAUCCAAACUUUACUCUUGGUCCUUGGUCGUAGAUAUGUGAUUGUAAAUGUUCUGAUAAUCAUACUUUGUGUGGUAAAUGUUGUUGGUCACAAGUUGCAGGAAGUUUGGGGAGCUAGCAUUUGUGAGGAAGAAAAUAAUGUGUCUUCCAGGGCUCAACGGCUCUGUCGCCGCUUUUCACUAUCUGAGAUCCAAUUAGCCACAAGAAAUUUCAGUGCUGAACUCUUGAUUGGAAGGGGUGGAUUUGGUAAAGUCUACAAAGGCAUCAUUGAUAAUGGUGAAACUACUGUUGCUAUAAAGAGGUUAAAAUCAGACUCAAGCCAAGGUGCACAUGAGUUUUUGACUGAGAUCGAAACACUUUGUGAUCUUCGACAUUAUAAUCUUGUCUCUCUAAUUGGUUAUUGUAAUGGGCACAAAGAAAUGAUUCUUGUUUACGAAUAUAUGGUAGGGGGAACACUAGCAGACCACCUAUUUAAGUUCCCACGGGAAAGUGAUAAUAGUUCCUCUCUCACCUGGAAGCAACGGCUUAAUAUUUGCAUUGGAGCUGCUCGUGGACUGGACUAUCUUCAUACAGGAAAUGGAGUUAUACAUAGAGAUGUAAAAGCUUCAAACAUUCUCCUAGAUGAAGACUUUGUAGCAAAGGUUUCGGAUUUUGGCUUGGCCAAGCGUGAAGAUAGAAGCAAGCUAGGAAGCCAUGUGAGCACUAGAGUAAAGGGGACAAGAGGUUACUUUGACCCAUAUUACAUCAACACAUGUAAGCUAACUAGGAAAAGUGACACUUAUGCCUUUGGGGUGGUUCUUUUCGAAACAUUAUGUGGGAGACCUGCAGUGGACGAUAGUCUUUUGGAAGAUGAGCAGAUAUUGAUUAGGUGGGCUCGAGAGAAAAUCAGUAAGGGGAACAUUGAUCAGAUUGUAUCUUCUAGCCUGAGGGAAGAAGUCUCAGAAGAAAGCCUAAGGGCUUUCAUAGCAGUUGCCGAAAGAUGCUUGCACGAUGAACCCAAGCAACGGCUGACAAUGAAUGAAAUUGUGCUGAAACUUGAGUUAGUCCUUGAGCUUCAGGAUAAAAGAAAAGUUUCGGGGAUAAUUGAAUCAGAGCAUGUUCUUGAUGAUAACAGGGGUGGUAUGCCAGUAUAUACCGUGCAGCCGACACUGGGCCCUGUAGGUUUGCAGAGUGGUGCAUCUUCACCAAGAGAUAAAACAAAUAUUGAAGUGGUGGCUAAUUCACAGAAGUCUUCUAGUAAGAGAGGUAAAAAGAAAGCCUCAACACAUAAACCAUUGUGGAUUUGGCCUUGGGAAGGUAUUUGGAGCUUAAUGAAACAAUCCAAAAGAUAUGAAUUGUUGCUGGAAGGAGUUCAGACAACAAAGUUUGAUUGGAAUACAAUUGCAGCUGCUACCAAUAAUUUCUCAUCAUCAAAUAAACUUCGACGUGAUGCUUUUGGUUCUGUUUAUAAGGGUGUUUUACCUACAGGACAAAUGGUUUUGGUUAGAAGGUGGUCAUGUCAAUCCAAACAUGGGUUGGACCUAUUUGUUACUGAGAUCCAUUCGCUUUCUACUUUUCAACAUAAAAACAUUGUUAAACUACUUGGCUAUUGCUUGCAUAAAGAAGAAGGGUUCCCUGUAUAUGAAUUCAUGGUUAAUGGAAAUAUGGAUACUCUUAUAGGUUGUGGGCGGCUUCAUUACGUUUCAUGGGCAGGGCGCAUGAAAAUCAUAAUGGGAAUUGCACAAGGAAUAGUGUAUCUUCAUCAAGAUUCUGGACUAAAUGUCAUUCACAGAGAUAUCAAAGCCAGCAACAUUUUGCUGGAUGCUGAGAUGAAUCCUAAGAUUUCUGGUUUUGCCUUAGUGAAGGUUAUUAGUGAACAUCAAUCUGAAUUGGAGAGUAGAUUAGUUGGGACCUAUGGCUAUAUGUGCCCCGAAUACGCUUUGAGAGGGAAGCUAUCCGUUAAAACAGAUGUGUACAGCUUCGGCAUUGUAGUCCUGAAAAUUGUAGUUGGAUUAGGAGCAUAUAAUGAUGGUACCUAUGAAUCUCUGGAAGACAAGGCUUGGAUGAAGUGGAAAGAAAUGAGAGAAUUAGAUCUGGUAGAUGAAUCACUUAGAGGUGAAUUUCCAGUGGAAGAAGCUGGAAGAUGCAUUCAAGUUGCUCUAUUGUGCAUCCAAUCCGACCCUCAUGACCGACCAGCUAUGCAUUGUGUGGUCAGAAUGUUGGAAGGGAUCCAGCCAUUGUUGCCGCUUGCCCGAAACUAGAUCGAUGGAUCCAUGAUUGAUUACAGAUUAAUCACCUAGUCUACUGCUUGGCUUGCUACUGUGCCCUACCUGCUGCCCACAUUACUAUCACUAUCCUGGAGAAAUUUCGUAGCAUGUAGAAAACAGAGAGGAACUCCUGAAAUUCCAGGUAAG